CUUACUUUGAUGUGGUAACACCUUCAAAUGUAAGUAUUUAUAAAACAGUAUAUUGCCGUUAGACUUGCUUGGAAAUCUGAAUGUCAUUGUUCUUCUGCCUAUGUUUAUUGUCCGGACACAAAGACAAUCCCUAUUUCCUACGGUUAUAGUUUAUUUUAUGCAUAAUAUGUCUUCAACGGGUGCGUUUUUUUAAGCGCCACAAAUUACUUGAUGUAUCCUAUCCCAGAACGUUUUUACAUGCAAAUGUACCCCAACUCGAGGCAAGGAGAGGUAUUGAAAGUGCACUGACUCCUACAGGUGCAUCGUGAUGGUUAACCUCUCAACCGUGGAGCACAGCACCAGAAGACCUCCACGCUGCUGGCCUCCAGUGGCUAUUUUCCUCGUCUUCAUCCUCACCCAGCAGCUCUACGCCCUCAUCGUGUUACAAGGCCAGUUGGUCAGCUCUACUGAGGCCAUCAUCAGCCCUUUCAACUUCUGCCUCCAGGGACAAGAUGUUGGAGUUAUCUGUGAUGAUCAACGCAACAACAUGGCUGCCACCGCUGGUGUAUUAGUGUAUAUCCUCAGGGUUCUGGUCAUUAUGAGCCUGUAUAUUCCACUGGUGCUGGUGCCCUUUGCCCUCAUGGCCUUUCUGUUUGCAGUCUGCUGUGAUGACAGAGGGGUGUUGUGGUUCAGUGUCAGCUGUCAGGUUGCUUCCAGCCUACUGAUGCUUGUGGGCCUCUGUGUGUUUGUGGGGCUCCACUUUAGCUAUGUGUCAUUGGCUGGUAUGACAGCAGGGUACUAUGUCUGUGUGUUUGUUAAUGCUGAGCUGGCUACAGCAGCUGUACUGACCUGGAUGACAGGGAGGCGGGAGCUAAGAGAUGAGACGACAGCCUAUGAUAACUAAUAACCCAGUGGAGAGGCUUGCUGGUAACCAACAUGGGAUUGUCAAGUCCUCCCUAGUGUUCAAAUAAGAGGAAAUAUUCAGCAACCCCUAACUGACCUCUCUGCAACAGUUGACUAUGCCUAUGUUAUGUUUUUCCAAACAAACUAUUCAUAACUGUAUUUUGUCUGUAUUCAUGUUUGUGUUCUGUUCUGUACGUAGACUUUUAUAUUUGAAGUCAAAUAAAGCUUCCCAUAUAAACUCUGAAA